AACUCAUAUCAAAAUUUUAAGAAUUAUUGGUUUAAUUUCGUUUUUAAAUAUUUACUGGACGAUUAUAAACAAUUCAUGUUAUUACUAGAAGUUCUUACUAAAACGUAUGGAUGAGUUACGAAUAGAAAAAUUAUUUGAAAAUUCAUUAAAUUUCACCACAAUCUAUUUGGACUUUUGACUUGAAGAGUUAAUUUUAACUUUUAAUUUUAUUUAUCUGUAGUUUAAUGAAAUAUUAUAUCAAAGUGUAAUUUGCCAAUUUUUUUAAGAUGAAUUUGUUCCAUGUACUUGAACAGCUCAAUAAAGAUGUCCACAGUUUCUUCAUUCAACUUUAACAAUGAAUAGCUGCUAAUGCUAAAUUGUUUGAAUCACAGAGAGUGAUAGCUUCUCUGGAUUGUUUAUAUUUGCAUGGACCAUGGUUAAAGAAAAACCUAACUCCAUUCGUGUUUAUGACUCAGAUGGAUAUAGGCUCAGAGCUGCAUGUAUUUGUGUUAAAAAUGAUUUAGAAGAUGAGGUCUUAUUAGUAACUUCAAGUCGUAGACCAGAAAAUUGGAUUGUACCCGGAGGCGGUGUAGAACCAAAAGAAAAGCCAGCUGAAACUGCUUUAAGAGAAGUACAUGAAGAAGCUGGAGUUCUGGGUCAAUUGGGUAGAUGCUUGGGAGUUUUUGAGAAUGAUGAGCAUAAACAUAAAACUCAAGUGUGGGUCAUGAGGGUAACAGAAGAAUUACCGGAGUGGGAAGAUUCACGAUCAAUUGGAAGAAGAAGAAAAUGGUUCUCCAUUCCUGAUGCACUUAUUCAAUUAGCUCAACAUAAACCUGUACAGCGAUCUUAUUUGCAUAGUUUACACAAUACAAAUCCAAGUCAUAAUGAAUCCAGCAUGACACUUGUUCAAUAUCAAUUAACACCUCUUUCUCCGAUCUCUUUAAUCAAUAAUUCUGCUAGUACUAUUCAUGUAAAUGAGCAAAAUCAUUAAACAAUCAUUUCUACAAUUCAUUGUUCUUAGUGAAUGAAUGGGACUCGUUUUUACCUGAUGAACCAAUACAUUAUAUGAAAAAAUUAUUGUUUAUUUGAUAAGUAACCUUUAUAAAUAGUAACUUGUUUGGAGAUUUUAAAAUAAAAAAUU